AUGUUUCCAAUCAAAGGGUUGGGAGGCCUGACACUUGUUUCCAUCUUGCUGUGCAUGUCAUUUCAAUAUUUUGUAAACACUUUACAAAAUCAAGGUCUCUAUAAUUUCGGGGUGGCUGUUAACAAGGGAACCUCAAGAGGAACUGUUGUAACUGUUUGUGACCAGCCAGGAGCUUCCUUUGAAUGCAUUGUAUCUCUGCUAUAUGACGACCGAUUAAUGAACUCAGUUCUAGUUGUGAAUUCAUACAAUGGAAGCACUCUUUCAAUUCCAUUUCCUUCAAACGCCACAAGUGUUUUUGAUAUAGUGAACAAUUCAGUGUUUGCAUCUGUGUUGUCUAUGAAUGGAAGAUAUUAUUACAUGCAUUUUGGAGGUUACUUUAUGCAAUUUGAUUGUGUAUUUUUCAAUUUCUCAUUGGUGAAAAAAACACUUACUGGUAGUGCCAUGUCCAUGACUGAGGACGAUAAUGGUGUCAUCUGGUCAGCCACUUAUCCCUAUUCAGGUCUUGUGUCUUAUAAUCCUACCACAAGAAAAUUUUCCGAUUAUGGAUCUAUUUAUAACCAAACCUGGUUAAUGUAUCCUCGUUCUGUUGCAGCGGACAAUCUCGGAUUUGUUUAUAUUGGAAUUGGUUUUACAUUUAGCCAAUUCAUUUGUUUUAAUCCAAAUACUUCAAAAGCAUUCACAAUGCUCCAGGAAUCUGAAAGAAUAGCAGGAGCAGCCUUUCUUUAUAGAGACAAAGAUGGUGCGGUUUAUGGAUACAAUGUGAAUACAACUCCUUGGUUAAAAUUCUAUGGAGGGAAUAUGACAAAUAUUGGAUCGACACAUACAAGAAAUGGUAAAAUCAUUAUUGCCGGAAAUCAGGAUUUGUUUUAUAUUUAUUUUCCUUCAUUGAGACGCUUGUUGACAUUCGACUAUUCCACAAGAACAUUUACCAUUCAGGAAAAGAAUGCCUCAAUUCAAACGACGAACUCGUUUAAUUAUACCUGUAGAGGAGCGAAUAUAAUGACAAUACAAACGACUCCAGAUGCCACAAACUUAAUCGGAGGAGCGAGUUUCCCAAUGUAUUUCUUCUCCUUGAAUGGUAAAUCCAAUGAAUUUACAAACUAUUAUGUAGUAGACCAGCCUAAUGUCAUUCAGACUGCCUAUUAUGAAACUUACGUUUGGAUGGGAACUUACCCGCAUGGUCGAUUACUUGUGUAUGAUCUAAACAAACCUUGGAGUGAUCCAAUUCCUGGUACCAACACUAGCAACCCUAUCAUCCUUACCUCAGCAGAGCCUCAUGUUAUUCGACCAAGUUGUGUUCUCAUCCAUCCCUACAAAAAAAUAAUUCUCAUGGGAGGUACACCAGAAUAUGGCCUGACUGGAGGAGGUCUUUUAAUUUGGAACAGAAUCACAAAUACCUCCAUUGUGUUAGACCACACACAAGUUGUUACCUAUCAUUCCACAAACAGUUUGGCCUAUGUGCCUGGUAAUCCAGAUUUAGUGAUGGGAGGAACUACAAUCAAUGCAGGAACUGGUGGAAUUCCAAAGGCUACCAAUGCAGCUAUAUAUCUAUUCAACAUCACAUCAAUGCAAGUGGUGUGGAAAUCAAACCCUUUUCCGGGUGUUACAUCUUAUUAUGAAUUAUAUGCCAAUCCUCAAACUGGGCUAAUCUAUGGAUAUACAAAUAACAAUGUGUUCUUUGUGUUUAAUCCAAAGAAUACAACCAUUGUAUACAGCACAUACGCACAUGCAGUGGUUGAACAAGGCCCUCACUCAUUUGUUCCACAUCCUAAUGGAAUUGACGUUUACAUUACCCUAUCUACAGGCAUGUUCAAAAUAGACCCAAACAAUUUCAAAUUAACUCAGGUUUUUGCAUCACCGUUUAUCUUGACUUUUGGUGGAGUGAUUUUGAAAAACGGAUGGUAUUACUUUUGGGCAGAUGCCAAUAUUUAUGGUUUCAAGCUAUUUAAUACCUCUGUCGUUCAUCCAACGUUAUCAAUAAUUCCAGUCGAUAAUUCAAGUUUAUCAAUUCCAAGUUUAUCAGUUCCAAUGUUCAGGAACACCUCUCAUAUCAAUUUAUCUGUUUCCACUUCAUUGUUGAGGGUGCAUUGGCUUCAGAAUGUCAUCAAGUUGACAAUAAUGAUCAUCAUUGGAUUUCUAUUUAUUUCAACGAUCAUGAUCGAGUGA